AUGGCGGCCAUGGAAGACAGGCAGGAUCAGAAGCCAACAACUGAAGAACCAGCAAUCACCGCCACCGAAACAAGCCUUGAGGAGCUCAAAGAAAUGUUGGUCGAUAUCCAAACCAACAUUUCAAAUAUUCUCCUAGAAAAUAUGAGUGUAAGGAAUGAGUUGGUCGAACUCACAACAACUGUUGGGGAACAGAAGCUCGAAAUCGCUUACCUUAAAAACUCGCAAACGAAGAUUACAAAACAAUGUGCUGACGCCGAAUACGAACUAGCAGCAGCGAGGAAACGUGUCAACGAACAACAAGACGAAAUAUAUGAACUGUAUGAGCUACAAGAUAGAAUGGAGCAAUAUACGAGGAAAAAUUCUCUUGAGAUACAUGGUGUUCCAGAGAGCGCUUACAGCACAACAGAGGAGAUAAUAUUGAAGUUAGCAGAAGUGCUCGAAGUCUCUAUUUCUCCUCAGGAGAUUUCCCGCAAAUUGAAACGUAAAGGAAACAAACCAAUAACUGUUAAAUUCGCCAACCACAAAAUCAAGAGAAACAUCUACAAAUAA